AGAGGCCCCCUGGCUGGGAAGGGAGAGGAGCGGCCGAGGCUCCGCAGGCUUUCCUGGGCGACCUGGGCCUUUCUGUCUCCCCAGGCGGGUGGGACCCCUGGUUUCCCACACUCUGUCACCCCACCCAGGUCACUGGGGGCUGUGAUGUGUGGGGUCGUCAUGGCAGUAAAGUGGGGGCAGGGCCCUAGGCAUGGAGCAGGACUAUGGAAGUCACCAAGCAGGUGGGGGACCCUGAUCCAUCGGGCCCCCAGGACCACCCCUCAGCCAGGAGCCAGCAGCUGAUGGGGGGUGGCCUCGGGGAGUCUCAGGGACCGUGGAUAAACUCGGGGCCCAUAUGCUUUAGGCGGCGGCUGUCAUGGUCCCCCGAGGCCGGCACUGACGGGGCCUGUGGCCCAGCCUCCCAGGCCCACGGUUCCGCGCCUGUUCACCAGCUCCCCUGGGGCCCCGCUGAGGGUGGCGCACAGUGUGGCUCGGAGCAGGCCUCCCAGGACAUCCCGAGACUCUCCUCCACCGGCCAGCGUCCCAGCCCCGUCGUGGAAGCCCAAGUGCAUCUCGUCCUGGAGAAUGAGACCCUGCCCCGGGCCUGGGGCACGCCCAGGGACAGCUCCGAUGGCCUGGCCCAGCUCGGGGGCCGCAGCUCCUGGCUUCAGGUGCAGGAUGCGAGGGAGCGCAAGGCUCCGGCUAAAGUCCUGGUAGGCUGGGGCAAAGGCCCCUGCGGCACCCACCAGAAAGCCCCCUGGGGCCUGGCAAGGAGCCCGCAGGUCCCCUGUUUCCUUUCAGGGGAGAUUGGCUCAACUGCAGCCCUAGGUCCUCCUCACGCUCCAGCCCAAGAUCAGGGUCGGUGCCGGUGGCCGGCUCGGGCACCGCCGGCUCCAGCUCGGGCCAACACUCCAGCUCUGCAGACAACCCUCACGCCGGCAGCAGUGGCACGUAACACCUGCAGCCGCGACCACCUGCCCGGGAGCCUCGCCACCGCCAAGGACUUGUCCCGGGACCUGCCCAGGGAGAGUGGCAACCAGUGGUCAGGCCUCUUGGAGACUUCCAAGGUGGUCACAUUCUGCCAGGACAACGCGAUCUUUGGUUCUCAGCCGCUCCCCACCCCAGGAGCCACUCCGAGAGAGUCCCCAGACCACGCCCCCGAGCUCGAAGCUGCCAGAAGGCCGGUGCUACCGAAGCAGCCUGAGACUCCAGCAGAGAAGCCGCUGUUCUAUACCUUUAACCUAGACUGCCCCACACCAGUCCCAGGAAGGCCGGGCACCCCCACAUCGCAGAGGAGCCUCCCGGAGGUCAGCUCGCAGCCAGAACAGCAGCCCCUCAGGGUCUGCAGCCGCACCUGCGCCAGGGCGCCGCCCCCCGCCUGCCAAGUGACCUGCCGGGGGCAGCGCCCGGCCCAGCCUCCCGGGGAAGCCACGCAGAGGCCCGCCUCCAGCGCCCCCACCUGCCAGCUCCAGGACCCUGCGGAAGGCCAUGUGCUGGUGUUUGACAUGGACACGGGCAGCACCAGGCUGGGACUGCUGUGCCAGGACCCCCUGGGCUCACGGGCGGUACUGGUGGGCCUCGUGCCCAACCCCUCGCCCGUUCAUGCCCCGGAGAAUAUGCCGUCCACCCGGCCAUUGGCCGUGCCCGUCGCCUCCCCUGACCACGAUCGCUCCAGCUUCGGGCCCAUCUCUUCGGUGCUGUCCAGCCCCGUGCCCUCCAGCCUCUCCUCUGGCAGCUACCGCGAGGUGGCCCUGGCUCCCAAGGAAGCCAAGCUCAACCUGGAGUCACGGGACUCCCCUGGUACCGAGACACCCAUCAGGGUGAGCCUGCUCCCUGCGCCCCUUCCACGGCGAGGGCCCCUCCAGUUUGGAGAGAGGACACUGAGCCGCGUCCAGGAUCCUGGCUGGUCCAAACCUGCGGCUGAAAAAAGCGAACCCACUCAGGCCAUCUGGAUCCUGGAUGCGUCCGCGAUGCAGGAUGCCUCUGCGGGCCAGGCCAGGAGGCUGCAGGUGACCAUCCCAGAGACGGCCCCAGAGCCCGCCCCGCCAGCCACAGCCCAGGAGGCAGCCAGAGCCCUGCUCCUGGCGGAUACAGGCAGCCACACCCGGAAGGAGGCCAGGACUGCUCACCCUAACAACCCUCGGGCUGAAGGGACUAGGCAGGCCCCCCUCAGCGGUUGGCCCCCACUCGCUGAGCAGCACCCGCUCUCUGGACAGCCCCCUGCAGCGGGUCAGCCUCCCUCUGCCCAGCAUCACCCCUUUCCUGGCCAGCCCCCUCUCCCUGGCACCCCUCUCGCCAGGCAACUCUCUCUCACUGGGCAGCCUGCCUUUUGCCAAGAGCCCACCAUCUCCAAAGAGCCCAUCCUCUCAAGAGGCGCCCCCUCCACCAGGGAGGCUGGCCAGGCCCCCACCCGGUGCCAAGAAGGGGAGGCCUUGGGUCUGCCCACCCACGUGGGGAUACUUCGGGUGCCCCUGGCCCAGGAAAAGACCUGCGUCUACGUGAGCAGAGAAACGGUGAGCCUCAGUGCCCCUCCCACCUCCAACUCCCAUUGGCUCUCCUCCUGGCCGCCCGGCAGCUCUCACAUGGCCCCGGAGGAGCAGCUCUCCCUGGUCACAUUCACCACACCUGGCACCAGCUACAAGGUCUUGCCCAUGGCCAUGGUGGGCACUGUGCCCCAGGGCCCCGGGCUCAAGCUGACAGCGGAGGACAUCACCGGCUCUCCGGUGGACACGAGCCUUGGCCUGCUCAGCGGGGCCUACUGUGCUCUGCCGGGGCAGUCCCCCGGGCUUUCGCUGGGCCACUUCCAGAGCUCGGCGGCCGUGGUGAUCGACACAGGCUCCGGCUUCACCAAGUGCGGCCUGGCCGGGGAGGACCACAUCCUCAGCGUGGUGCCCUCCCACGUGCAGCUGCUGCAGCAGCCCGCCCAGGACCCGCCCAGGUACGCGAUGCUGGGCGCCGGCGGCGGCUCUUACACGGUGCUGAACCGGGGAGUGGUCUCCGACUGGGACGCGCUGGAGGUGCUGUGGCAGCACCUGUUCUACUGCAAGCUGGGCAUGCGGCCCGAGGAGCUGGCCGUCCUGGUGGCCGACUCGCCCAUCUCCCCGCGCACCAACCGCGAGAAGGUGGCCGAAAUCCUCUUUGAGUGUUUCCACGUGCCGGCCAUGCAGACCGUGCACCAGGCCCUGCUGGCGCUCUAUGCUUACGGGCGCACCACCGGGCUGGUGCUGGGCAGUGGCCACGGCACCUCCUACGUGGCGCCCAUCCUCACCGGGGAUCUGGCCCCGCUGGACACCUACAGGCUGGAUGUGGCCGGGGCUGACCUCACGGAGUACCUGGCUGAGCUGUUGCUGGCCGGCGGCCACUCGCCGCCCAAGGCCGGGCUGGUCAGCCACCUGAAAGAGACCUGCUGCUAUGUCGCUCUGGAUGUGAAAGCCGAGAUGGCCCGCACGCAGGCCCAGUCCCGGGCGAGCUUCCUGCUCCCGGACCAGCAGGUCAUCACCCUGGGCUCCGAGCGCUUCCGCUGCCCCGAGGCCCUCUUCCAGCCGCACCUGCUGGGCCUCAACCAGCCGGGCCUCCCGCAGCUGGCCCGCCUGAGCAUCAGCCGGCUGGAGGCCCGGCAGCAGGAGCAGCUGCUGGCCAACGUGGUGCUGGACGGGGGCAGCACGCUGGUGAGCGGCUUCCCUGAGCGCCUGCGGCAGGAGCUGGGCCCUCGUGCCACCGUGCUGGGCUCUCCGCACCGCGCCGUGGCCGCCUGGCUGGGAGGCUCCAUCAUGGCAUCCCGGGACUCCUUCCAGAGUCUGUGGCUCAGCCGCCGCGAGUACGAGGAGGAGGGCCCGUGGGCCAUCUACAAGUACCAUCUAUGAGCACAUAAAGUUCUGGUUCUGUGGGCUUUGAGUGCUGUGGCGUGCUUUAGGCCCAGGGAGGUGUGGAGAGGAUGGGGUCCCGGCAGGGGUUCGGGGCUGGGGCCCCUGGCACACCUGAGUCACACCCGCCUCCGCGCACUGCAACUCCCCAGGUCCCGGCAGUCUCUCCCUCCUAGAGCCCCCGAGCCCCUUGGCAUUGGCUCUGGUCUAACCUGACCUUUAUUGCACCCCAAGGGCAAACACAGAGAGUGGCUGCUGUGGGUUUUGCCCCGUUGCCCUGGCGACAAGUGCAAUUACCCUUGAUUGCCAGCUGGUUGCCAUGGCAAUUUCAAACAUAAUGUAAUAACCCACACAGCCUGGAGUGAGUCAUGGUGGGGGCAGCCCCUUCCCCUAGCUCCUGAGGAAAAGACUAUUUGCCCUCCCCCAUCCUGGGCUCUAUUCGGGGGGCUGGGGCCGGCAACAUAGAUGGCAGCCACAUAGUCCCAUGGUGGCUGGGGCCCAGGAGCAUAGCUUGCCCCCUAGGGACAGUGCCUGUCAGGGUGUGGGCUUCUUGGGGGAGCUUGCUUGGGAGUGAGUGAUCUCCUAUCAUUGGAACUUGGCUGGGGCUCAGUACCGAUUGGCAGGGGUAUGGGAGUGCUGGCCUUUGGUGUCCUGGGACAGGAAGUGCGGGUGAGGGGGCAGAUAAGGCUUGGCUCCGGGGGUGGCGUGGAGGGUACACCUGAGCUGUGGAUGGGACUUGGGUCUGUUUUGUAGGUUCUGUGGAUAUGGAGGCUCACACCUCAUCCUGCCUCUCUGACUGCCCAGCCUGAGUGGGAGCCAGAACAGUCAACUUUGGGCUCCCUUCUCCCCUUUGGCCCCCCAGCCCAGGCAGCUCCCGCCUCCCCAGGAGGUCUCAUAGGGGCUACUGGGCAGUGUCAAUGCCAAUGCCAAUUGCCCCUGCUCUUGUCCCAAACUCUGCCCUGCGCUGGGGCCUCCCGCCGUCCCUCUGGCCAGGGUGGUGGCUGGAAGCCACGGCUCCUGACCUCGUCUGGCUCUGAAAGGGGGGGUAGAAAUGGACCUGCCCCCCGAGCCCGUGGUCUGGGAGAGUUGAAGGGGUGGCGUGAGCUGGUGUGGCUGCUUCAUCCCCAGAGGACAGCUUGAGAUCGAGCCAAGAUGAGGAAGCCCUCCUCUGCCUGAGCUGCUCGGGCUGGAGGCUGGAGGGAUGAGCUGUGGCCCAGCCCAGCCCUGGGCUCUGUCUUCAGGUUGCUCGCUGCACAAAAGACAAAGGCCAGGGUUCAUCUCCCGCCACAAACACACAGGCACAUGCACACACGCACACACACACACACACCCCUGAGCGUGAGGGGCUGCGCUAAGUGUGAGACUAGAAACAGCCAAUAGCAUAGGGUUACACAGCCCUGCCCACCGCCAGCCAUGGUCCGGUCUUUUCCCAUUUCCUGUCCCCACACCCUGACUCAGUCUCCACAGUCCUGAGGCCUGUGUCAUACAGGAAGGGGACCAGAGUCCCCAGGGACCCGUGGCUCCAGGGACCAGCUACCGCAUCCAUGUGCACACGUGAGCGAGCACGCCUGAGUGCACACAGAAUGCAGACACACGUGCCCCCGGGCACCACUGCACACACAGUGCCGUUGCCUUCUCCGUCAACAACAGAAGAGCACGCGCGCGCACGCGCGCACACACACACACACACACACACACACACACACGUGUGCACACACCCUGCCACGUGCUCUCACCCACAGGCACGUGGAGUGUGCACAGGACCCAGAAGGGGUGGAGCCCUGCCAGCAGCCAGCUGGGCCCCAGCAGCCACCUCUUCCCCUGCCUCUAACCCCCAUCCCAGCCUCUGCUCAGCCCCGCCUCUGCAUGCCUAGAUAUGCAUGCCCUUUGGGAAACACAGAAAACAUGGUGACACGUGUGACACGUGUGACCUGUGUGAGGUCAGCAGCCCAUUGCCCAGCUGUCCAUACAGCUCGGAGAACCACGGUUUCGGGGACAGCGGGCGGACAGCAGGAAGGGCCGCGUGCGGGCUGCAGACAGAACGAAGCCUCCCGGGAGGAGACACGGGUUCUGCGCUGCAGACACCAGCUUGCCGGCAGAUGCCUGCCCACAGGUGGCAUCGGGCUGCCCUGGAAGAGGUGACCCGGAGCCCGGCAGGGUGGGAAGGGGAGGAAGGUAGGCAGGGGCAGUCAUUCCCCAGGCAGCCUUACCUUCCUCACGUGGGGAGUCACUCCCCUCGGCAUCCAAGAGGAGACCCAACAUGGCAAAGGGUUGGAGCUGACCCCUCCUAAGAUGGGUUGGCAGGCUCCCUGGGAGGGGUGGGCUGAGUGGAGAAGCCUAAGUCUGCCCUCCAGAUGGAGGCCUCGGGGCUUGUGAGGGGUACGGGCCAGUGUUGGCCCACAUGCCUCCCAGACAAGGGACAGAGGAUGGCCCUGGAUUUCCCUUAGCCCUUCUGCCGGGCAGCGCUCAGCCCGCUCCGGCUGGGGCCGCCCCGCAGUCCGCCCAGGCCGUGCCAGGCUCUGUUGCCUGGGCUCGAUCUCCAGCUGCCCUCUGGGUGGAGGUAGGUCCGUGUCCCCAGAGCCCAGCCCAGGCCGCUGAUGGUGACCCUGCGCUGGCGUGUUUGAGGGUGACAUGACUGGGAAGAAAGCGGACUCCACACCACGCCAUAGGCGACUCCUCUAGUUGGGGGAAUCCAGGGCCAUCGAGGGGAGGGCAGACUGGGCCACCCAUCCUGGCCCAGACUUGG